AUGGACAAGGAAAAAGAUGCCGCAGUAUCAAGAGAGGAUGGACGAUACCAACGUCUAUUCAGCGCGCUCAAUGAUCAGUUGGUCAAGUGGCGCAGCGACGAGAAAAGCUACGCCAAGAUCAAGGGAUACGAUACCAUGAUGAAACCACUGACCAACCGGGUUGUGCAGCUCCGCAUCGAGGACGGCCAGCGGUUCAUGCUUCAGUAUUUCUCCAGAGAUGAUGGCCUUGGUUUGGGUUUGAAGGACAAGCUCGUGAAAUACAAAGAAGACCCUCGUGUGCCGGGCGGACCGGAUUAUGAACGUGUUGACCUUGGAAAGACCUGGGAAAGCCACGAAGAGGACGUGAAGAAGGCCAUUAGCAAGGCAAUGAAUGGGAAUGUACAGAUCAAAAGCUUCAAGGACUUCGAGGCUUGGGUUACAGAUUAUGGCAACCCAGAUGGACGUUUCGCAGAGGCGACCAAGGCCAACCCUACACAUUUCAGGACGCUUCAGAUGUGGAAAGCCAUCGGUGAUAGUAAGACUUGUUAG